AUGAGAAGGAAGAAUUGGAGACCAGAAGUAUAUUAUUUAAACCCUAUUCAAUAAGGAGGAUAAGGCUUUACUUGAAAUAUGCAAGACUUAAAAUUAUAAUUGGAGGAGAGUUUCAAAAUUAAUGAUCUCAAUGGGAUAUAGAAGAUCAGGCAAAUCAUGCAAAGAGAGAUUCCAUAAUUAAUUAAAUCCUGUUGUUAAUAAAGAUCAAUGGACUUAAAAGGAAGUUGACAAACUUUUUGAAUUGCAAAGCAAAUAUGGUAAUAGAUGGGUAAUAAUCUUAUUUAUACUUAAAUAGAGAAGUAUAGCUAAAGAAUUACCAUAAAGAACAGAUGGUUUGAUUAAAAAUUAUUUUUAUUCAUUAGUUCGAAAAGUUCUUAGGCGUCUUUCCAAAACGGUUAAUGGUAACAAAAAUGGUAUAUCAUAUCAAUUUACUAUAUUUAGGAUCCCAAAUGACUAAGACUCUUAAACCUUCUGUUAUUUCCUAAAUAUUUUGUGUUAAUUAAAAUCAAAUAAAUGAUAGUGUUAUCAAAGUAGAAUUUGCAUAACUCUUUCGAAAUAUUAUUCUUAAAUACAAAAAUUUUAGCAUAUCCUAGCAAAUUGAUAUUGAAGAUAUUGAUAAAAUUAAAUCGAUUUUUUAAACAUUACAACAAUUAAAGUAUAUUGAUUAUCUAUAUUAGUGAAUCUUAUAAUCAUGAUUUAGAGAAAAAAAAUAUGUCCAAAAGUAGAUCCAAAAGCAACAAACUGAAAACUAAAUUAACUAAACUGAAUAUUGACCAUGUAUUUCAAAUUUUUUAUAUUCAAUAGAUCAUCCUUCAAAAAAUAUAGCUUAAACUUCCGAUUUUUACAAUGAAAUCAUUUCCUUUGCAAAAACUAUAUUAGAAAUUUCUAUUUCAUAAUAAUACAUAUCAUCCUACACAAUUAAUGUAUUAAUCAAUAUCAUCUUUCACAUCCUAAAAUAUAGACUAAAAUAACGGUUAUGGUGCCAUCUUAUUUAAACCUGAGUAAUUAUUAUUUUUUCAACCACUUCCUUAACCAUAUUAUGUAUUUUUUUGUAUACAAUUUAAUAGCCCAUCAAUAUAAGUACCUUAAUCUAACAAUAAUCAAGUAUGCAUACCUAUUACAGCUCCUUCUUCCACCAACCCUCUGAAAUUAAAGAAGAACAAGAAACAUGA